CGUAAUGUCAUUUUUCACUGAUUUGUAAAAAUAAAUAAAGCGAUAAACCGCUUAAAUAAUAGCAUAAAAUGUUUGUGUUUCUUGUAAACUAAACAUAAAUUGUACUACCUAAUUUACUAGAUUAUGUUAUAUUUAAUGCGUUCUAUCAUAUAUUACUUCAUGGCAAAAGCGACGCUUCUAUAUAUAAUUGACAAUGGAAUAUGUUUUAUCUUCUGAGGAAAGUUCAGAUACCGAUAUCAAGAGUUUGCGGCAUCAAUUAACCGAGUAUGGCUUAAAUGAAGAAAAUUUAAGUAAAGAAGAAAUGUCUGACUUGUUAAAAGUUUUAAAGUUUUCGAAGUCGACUGCACAAGAAGAAGACAGGCAAAAGAAGGAGGAAAAUAGCUGUAACCCUUCUCCGAAAGUUAAAAUGAAAAGGCGGCAUUUAAACGUUAGAGACAGACGUUUACCUUGGAGUCUUUUUCCCAGUUCCUCUACACCAACAGAAAAAGCUAGAUUACUUGCUGUUUAUUUUAAGAUCAUGUCUCUAAAUAGUUAUAGACAAGCAAGGCAAUCAGUAAAUCUUGCUGCCUGGCCACCUCCUUUACAGAUUUUGGAAGAAACUACCAGAACACAGCCUAUACGUUCUACUAGAAGUGGGCGUUCUGUUCCUGUAUAUGCUGGAUUUGAUGAUGAUUCAUCAGAUGUUGAUUUUGUAGUGACAAAAACAAAGAAGCGAAAAGUUUCUAACAGUGAUCACACUGAAUCUGGAACUAAAGGACUGAGUUUGAAGAGAAAAGUAUCCAAGGAUGAAAAUUUAAGGCCAGUCAAAGAAGUAAAGCUUAAUGAUGUAAAUGAAAAGGGAUCAGAUAUACAGAAAUCUAAAGCUGAUGUUUAUUUGCUUAUAGAAGAUUGAAAUUAAGGUCUUAUAUUUCUCUAUUCUUUAAAAUAUUUGGUUUACUUGCUAUAUCAUAGGUUUGAAAAAACUGUUACAUUAAUCUAAUUUCUGAUCUUUGAAACGGUUAAAUUGUAAAAUGGCAUUUAUUGAAAUUUGACUAUAUACCAUUCCAUGGAAUUUCUGCAGAUUACAAUUUUGAGUGAUAGAUUAUAUUCUAAUGGUGUUUACAAUUUCCCACUGACAAAUGGCUUCCAUUGUGUGGUACUCGCAUAGAAGUUAGCUAUAUGAUUAUUCAGAUUAUAAUCUAUCUGUGUACCCAAUUUCGUGAAGAUCUGAUCAGCUGAUUUUGCUGGAACAGGUACCAAACUUUCAUGUUUAUUAUACUAGUAGGAUAAGUGAGGGUAUUAUCUCUCAUCUACAACCCAAUAUAUUUAACAAAUAGUCACAUUGGUCUGUAGAUGUAAGUAAAUCAAAUAAUUAUCUUAUAUGUUUCUGCAAUAUGUUCUUUUUUUACGAAAAAUCUGUUUUAUUCUCAUAUAUAUAUAAAUAUAUAAAAAAAGUAAAUUAAGGGGACUAUGUUAGCUAAAUACGUGUUUUAUAAUGCCUUAAAAUAUUUAUCCACUGCAUUAUAAAAAAAAAAAAAAA